AUUGAACUAUAGAACGGUUACGGCACGAGCCCGCCUCUUACAUGUACCACCUUAAUAUAUCACAGUUCAUACAGGUGACAUUUAGGUGCAUUUUGGUGCAUUUAGGCGCACGAGAUCAUCCGUGAAGACCGGUUGCAAUAACUGCAACAUAAAUAGCUGUCUGAUUACAGGCGCAUGAGACCAUGCAUGACGAGCAAUCGUAUCAAGCCUAAACACUGAAAUAAUCAUUCGGUGGAAGGAAGUGAAAACCUAAUAGAACCAGAACUUGGUCCAUAUAGACAACAGUUGUUACCAGCUGCGAAAACACCACAGACCAUGUCAAGUUUUCCGACAAUGAAGAUGAACAGCAGGUUUACCGGAGAUGUGGACGAUAUGUACAAUAUCCACGGUCACGCUGGCAAUCUCUGUCGGGAGGCAAUUUUAGAAGGUCUAGGAAGAACAAUUAAUUCAAGAUCAGAACAUCUGGCAGUACAACCAGUUAGCAUAGCAGAUUUUGGAACUGCGGAUGGGCGUGCAUCUCUCUCUCUCAUCAAUGAAAUGAUUGAUGCCAUACAGGCAGGCCUCGGACAGAAGCAGCCAAUUCUAGUGUACUAUAAUGAUCAACCAAUGAACGACUUCAAUCUUCUCAGCAAAGCUAUCCAAGGUAAUACACAUGAUCCUGGACUAAAUAUCACCGGUAGCGUCUACCCUGUAAUUGUACCACGGACUAUGUAUGAACAGUGUCUCCCAGAUGAUUCCCUAGACCUAGGAAUAUCCACUGUGGCUACACAUUACCUAUCUAAACAGGUUUGUCAAAUUAAACACGGUAUAUAUUUUAAAGAGGCGGAUGACGGAGAACAAAAAUUGAUUAGACAACAAGGAAAAGCUGACUGGAGAGCUUAUGUUAUUUCAAGGGGACGGGAACUGAAACCAGGAGGAUUUCUUAUAACUUUAACCGUCUCGUCAAACGAUAAAGGCGAGUUGUCGUCGGCGUUUGAAAAUGGAAUUUCCCCACUGGGAAGUGUCAUGUCUGACAUGGCCAGAGAAGGAAUAAUCACACAGGAGGAAUAUCUUGCAACUAACUGGAAUGCCUACAUGGAGAGAACGGCCGAUGAUUUUAAGGAACCGUUCACAUGUCCGUUACCGGAAAUAGAGGAACUUGGCCUGGAACUUGUGUCGAUAAAACCAAUUAACCAUUAUCUGCGCCAUCCGACAUUCGAUAUCAUCAACAAGGAUACGACGGACAAGCUCAAAUAUUCCCAAAGGAUAGUUGCUAUGGUCUACCCAUGGUUUCAUCAUGUGAUUUACAGAGGAUUGUCGGAUUCUCGAACUGAGGACGAGAAAGAGAUGAUUACUGACCAAUACUUCAGCAGAAUUCAGACACAUGCGUUUGAACAUUCGGAUUUCAAACCGUACAUGAUUUUCACAGAAGUUGUAAUAACAAAGAGCAUGUAAUGAGUCCAUCAUGUCACAUUUGAUUGAACUUUUAUAGAUACAUUGAGCCAUAAGGAACAUUAAGUAUGGAGUAUCGAAUAUUUUAUUUACAUGUAUAUAAUAUUACAUAUUGCGGUUAAAAAAAUCAAUGACCAUGAUCUUCUGGUAAACACAUUUGUGUUAUAUCUAUAAUUUAGUGUACCCUAGAAUGAUAAUACAGUUAUGUAAAAAAAAUACAUAAUACUAAAUAUUUCACUGUGAACUAUUUAGUGUUAUAUAUUACAAGUGAAGGCUGCUGAGUCAUUCAAUCAUCAUGAGAAUGUUGGCUUCUGAUAUUUUAUCUCAUCUGUCAAAGUACAUGUAGUAGAUAUAUAGUUUCUUGAACUCUAAUUCUUAAAUAUUUUAUUGGAUUUCGUCAUGUUGGUUUCUGUAAUCGGGAAACUAGUACAUACUAUCAUUAUAUAUGUCAUAUCGUUAGUUUGUUUCUAGGUCUUUUACUUUAUAGUCAAUUCAUUGUUAAGUCAUUCUCAUAAGUUUUUGUGCAGUAGCACGGAUCAGGACACACGUGUAAUUUUUUGAUUAUUGAAAUAGUAUCACGGAUCAGGACACAAAAUAACGUUCAAUUAUUUGAAUAGUGACACAGAUCAGGACACACAAUAACGUUCAAUUAUUUGAAUAAUGGCACGGAUCAUGACACAUAUGUAUAACACAUUCACUAUUACAAUUAAGUAUCUUACUUUCAUGAAAAUGACGUAUAUCUAAUUGGAGAACCAUUAUCCAAGAUGCAAAGUUUAUGUUGAAUGGAACAAAACCUAGAAAUAAAGUCUAAUUAUCUGCAAAA